AUGUGCAUUGCCCUUCUCCAUCCACUUGCCCCUCUCACAAUUCUUCUUUUUUCCUGCAGGUUCUUCAGUGCUUCGCAAAAGCGACGGUUGAGGCUGGCAACGGCCAAUUCUGCCACUACGACUUCCCUCUCCGUCUCUCCUUUUCUCCCGUUCGCUUCUUUUGCUCCCCCUUUCCUACUCCGCGCAGCAAGGUCUGCCGCAUCUGGACAAGCACUAGCUCUGAGGUGCAUCCUCUCCUAUACCCCGCGUCGCCAGUACGCAAAAUCAAGAAACAAGAUGCCACCCAAGAAGCAGGUCGUGGAAGAAAAGAUUCCUUUGGGCAGGCCCGGGAACAACCUCAAGAGUGGCAUUGUCGGCCUGGCCAACGUCGGCAAAUCAACUCUGUUCCAAGCCAUCACAAAAUGCUCACUAGGCAACCCAGCUAACUUUCCCUACGCCACCAUCGAUCCUGAAGAGGCCCGUGUCAUUGUCCCCGAUGACCGAUUCGACUGGCUGGUUGAGAAAUACAAGCCGAAGUCUGUGGUACCGGCCAACCUGACGGUCUACGACAUCGCUGGCCUGACCCGUGGCUCCUCCACUGGUGCGGGCUUGGGCAAUGCCUUCCUGUCUCACAUCCGGGCUGUGGAUGCCAUCUUCCAGGUCGUCCGGUGUUUCGACGAUGCGGAAAUUAUACAUGUUGAGGGUGAUGUCAACCCUACUCGCGACCUUGACAUCAUCAGCGAGGAGUUGAGACUUAAGGACAUCGAGUUCGUCGAAAAAGCUCUCGAGAACCAGAAGAAGAAAACUCGAAUGGGUGGUCAAAGUUUGGAGCUCAAAAAGGCCAAGCAGGAACAGGAUAUGAUCGAGAAGGUCCUCGCCUGGCUCCAGGAUGGCAAGGAUGUCCGAAAAGGUAACUGGACACCAAAGGAGGUCGAAGUCAUCAACCCCCUGUUCCUCUUGACGGCCAAGCCUGUUGUCUACCUGGUCAAUCUGUCUGAAAAAGAUUUUGUUCGCAAGAAGAACAAGUAUUUGCCCAAGGUCGCCGAGUGGAUCAAGGAGAAUGCGGCCGGAGAUCCCAUUAUCCCCAUUUCCGUUUCGUACGAGGAACGCUUGACUCGCUUCGAGUCAGAGGAAGCAGCCAAAGAGGAGCAAAAGAACGUCGGCGCCGAGUCGGCUCUCCCAAAGAUCGUCACGCAGAUGCGCAAGACUCUUCAACUGGGCAGUUUCUUUACGACGGGCGCUGACGAGGUUCGACAAUGGACCAUUCGUGUCGGCACCAAGGCUCCCCAAGCCGCCGGUGUCAUCCACACGGACUUUGAGAAAACGUUCAUUCAGGCCAUCGUGUUCAACUUCAACAUGCUGAAGGAAUUAGGCGACGAGGCCGAGGUCAAGGCAAAAGGCAAAAUGAUGACCAAGGGCAAAGAAUAUGUCGUUGAGGAUGGAGACAUUCUCCUCAUUAAGGCCGGCGCUGCCAAGGGCUGA